AUCAGGCCGAAUUACCAAAUCGAUCCCGAGUCAAUCCCCAAGAUAAACCCGGCCAGCCAUCCUACUACAAUAGACUCAGCGAACAACCCCCCGCACAAUAUGGCGCAAUCUACAGCUCAAGGGACAGCAGCCCUUACGCAAUUCCCUUCGAAGCCUAGAGUUUUUAUCUUGACAGAUAUUACCAACGAGCCCGAUGACGCCGAAUCUUUUUGCCGUUAUCUUACCUAUUCCAAUCAGUUCCGCACAGAAGGUGUUGUCGCCGUUACAUCCACAUGGCUCAAAAACAAGGUUGCGCCGCAAAAUCUCCAUGACAUCGUUGAUGCCUACGAGAAGGUCGUCGAUAACCUCAAUGCCCAUACCCAUUCCGGUUCUCUAUAUCCCUCUGCCCAGAGCGUGAGGGACCUCAUUAAGUCUGGUCCUCCUGUGUACGGCAUGGAAGCUGUCGGCGACGAUAUUCCUCUCAGCGAAGGUGGUGAACUGCUCCUCGAGCGACUUACAUCUUCUGACACCGAUCCCCUCUGGGUUCUGGUAUGGGGUGGUGUGAAUGUGCUUGCGCAAGUCCUCCACAAGAUCCGCGACCGCCCAGACGCUGCCGCACUGCGUCAGAAAUUGCGAGUCUACACAAUUUCCGACCAGGACGACUGCGGUGCUUGGAUUCGCCAGCAGUGGCCCGAAAUCUUUUACAUCUGUUCCGUUCAUGGCUGGAACCAAUACCAGUGCGCCGCAUGGACCGGAAUCUCCGCCCCUUGCUCCGGUGACCAAGGAGGGCCCGACGGCUCCAAGGUGACACAUGAAUGGGUCAAGGAAAACGUCCAAAUCGGCCCGUUGGGAGCGGCCUACCCAAACUUCGAGUUCAUAAUCGAGGGAGAUACACCCACAUUUCUUUAUCUGAUCCAAAACGGCCUUGGUGUUCCCGAGGAGCCAAUUUACGGUUCUUGGGGAGGGCGCUAUAUUCCGGCCAAUGUCAGCUCAAAGGGCCUUCCUGCAAGAGGUCAUUUUGCCGAUGCUAUUGACACCGUUAUUGGUAUUGAUGGCAAGCCGCACAGAUCGAACCAGGCCACCAUCUGGCGCUGGAGAAACACUUUCCAGGAUGACUUUGCGGCACGCAUGCAAUGGACCUUGACAUCCGAUUUUAGCAAAGUCAAUCACCACCCAGUUCUUUCAGUCAACGGCGACCUUGGUUUGACACCGAUUCAUGUCGACGCCGACGCAGGAGGUGUUGUUUCAUUCGAUGCAUCCGAGAGCUAUGACCCUGAUGGUGACAAACUUAGCUACAAGUGGUACCAGUACCGCGAGCCUAGUUCGCUGCAGACGUAUCACGGCCUAGAGGUCUCUGAUCUUGAAAUUAAACCACUGAAUGAGGAGAAAAGCAAGGUCGAAGUUGUUAUUGCUCCGGCAGAAAAGUCGUGUUUGGUGUUUAGGGAAAAGAUUCCGCUUGAAAGGGGUCUUCCCCUCCACUUGAUUCUUGAGGUUCAAGACAGCGGCUCGCCUCCUUUGACGAGCUAUCGUAGAAUUGUUAUUCAGCCAAUCGACCGAAACUUCAGCUCUAGAAAACAAAGCUAA